UAUGCCAAUUUUUAAGGUUAUGUUUUCGUGUAGCAUAUUUGUAUUUUGAUUUUGUUAGCAGGCAUGGCAGCUGAAGAGGGUAAUAAGAAAAAGGCCAGAAGGCCGAAGAACAGAUCGAAUAAGUUGAAUAUUGUGUUCGACGAGGGUAAACGUAGGGAGUUCUUGACUGGGUUUCACAAGAGAAAAUUGCAGAGGAAGCAGUAUGCGAAGGAUAAACUGGAAAAGGACUUGAAGGAAGAGCGCAAACGUUUGAAAUUGGAGGCAAAAGAGAGCUACAAGAAGCUGGUGGUUUCUCACAGGGAUAUUCCGGAGGUCGAUAAGAUAUUGGGUAGGGAAGUGGAGGAGUUCGAGGAUGAGGAGGUCACAGUGAAAGUUGUGGAACUGUCGCCGGAGGAGAUCGCCAAAGAGAACAACUGGAUAGGUCCCAACAAACCGAAAUACGAUGAGGAUGUUGAAGAGGAGGAGGACGAAGAGAUUGAGGAUGAGGAGGAAAUACCUGGAAUGUCGCUGACGGAGAAGAAGAAACCGAAAGUGGAGAAACCCAAGAAGCAGUUCACGUCCAGCAAAGAGAUCAAGAGCACGCUGAAGAAACAAGCAACGAAGAAGGUGCAAAACAGUAAAGUUUUCAAAAGGAAAACGGACGUGGAGAGGCGAAAGCAGAAGAAGAGAUCGAUGAGAGAGGAGAAAGAGCGUUCCAAAUUCCUCAAGAAACACAAGAAAUUCGAUAAGGGGGAAAGCGUCAGUGGAAAGACGGCGAACAAGAGGUUGAAAGGGAAACGGGCCAAGCACGCCGCAAAGAACAGGGAGAAAUGAUUUGUAUUUAUGUGAUCAUACAUAC